UCAGGAACAUGUAUGUGUAGCGCCGCAGCAGCAGCUUUAGGACUAUACUAGGGUAUUGUGGUGCAGUGACGAGUUCCCGGGGCUACAAGAGUAACAAUAACAAGUCUCUGGGACAAAACUAAAUGAUUCACAUACUACCAGGUGUUGUCUGUAGUGAAAGAUUCACAGCACCACAGGUAUGUAGUAAGAAUGCACUAAGCAAUUCGUAGUGUAUUUGUUCUGGUAAAACAGCCGGGAAUUCGCAGCACAACGAGACACGGCAGACAAAAAAUCGUAGCAGUGGUAGUGUAUGAAGGACAAGUGAAGACCACAAUAUGCUGUAUGAAGGACAAGUAAAGACCACAGAUAGUGUAUGAAGGAUAAAUGAAGACCACAAAUGGUGUAUGGAGGAGACCACAAGGAGAACUGGGAGUCGUAUUUGUGAUGCAGACACGAAGUCAGCAGCGGUAUGUGUGACGUCACAGCCAUGGUGGGGCGGGGGAAAUGUAUGCGGCUGUUUGCCAUCUUCGUGCUGUCAAGUCUUCUAGCUAUCAUAUCCCUCGCCAGGGUCCUCGCACAUGCUGACUCUUCCAGACACUUCCUAGAGACAGUGAUAAUGGUGCUAACAGUGAUGUUGGUGUGCUUACUAGUGGAGACAUGCUGGAAGCCAUUCAGUAAUGACCCUGAGCACAGGGAAUCUGUGGACAUCAAUGGAGGCACUACAGGUUCAUCUACCACCCCAAGAGACCCUCUGGUAUACACUGAGGCUCCACCAUCGUAUGAGGAAAUACUUGCCCAGGAACAGUUGGAGCCACCCUCUGGUAACGCCAGUGAUGACCUGGCAUCCACGAAGUGUGACAACGUCACCCUCUACCACCUUCACACAUCCAUACUUGACAUGCCAGACUCACCUGAGUCAGCCACAUCAAACCAGCAUAUUUCUCUUCCCAGGCGGUAUUCUCCAUUCAUCACAGAAACAAGGUACUCAUACACCACAGCCAAUGAGCUGCAGCUCUCAGUGGAUAGGCUACCCAGUUACGAGGAAGCAGCGAUAACGCUGCAGCCCCUGGACUCACCGCAGCAUCAACAAAACACAACCAAUGACGAUGACCUGAUGCUUUUUAUGUAACAUGAAUCAUUGAUUGAUCUAGCUGCAAGUAUGUGUGUAAAAUAAUUUUUUGUCACAUUUCUUGACUUCCAUGUGUGAAAUAAGUAAAAAAAAUGACAAUGUAAAUAUUGCACCUUAUUUACCAAUACGUAUAAAUAUUUAAAGAUUUAUGAUAAUUAAAUUCAUUAAUGUUAUACAGUAUAAUGAUUUAUGAUUGGAAAAUUCAUUACAAAAUAGCUUACCCCAACCUAACAUAAGAAUAGCACAGUGAAAUCCUGCACUACAAUAAAAUACAAUACAAGUGCAGUCCCGGACAUUUACGCCUUAGGUACUCACCCACAAAUGUGAACCCCGCGAAUGUGAGACAGCCUUAAAACAUGGCUCGCUCUUCUCCUCUUAGGUAAUGUUUGUUCUAUCUGGAAUUUUCUUCAAAAUAAUCCAGUCUCAUCCACAUUAAACACCUGUUCUGGCAGGUAACCCCCCUCAGUGAUGAUGUUUGUGUCUCUGAAAGUUUGCAAGUUGAACGUUCUUUAGUAGAGGAGCCCCUGUACAGUAUAGUAUAUUUUUAUAUUACAGGUUCUGAUUAUUUUCGACUUUUCAAAUACUGUACAGAAUUGGCAUUCAAUAUUAAUAAAUACUGUAUGUAAAAUCUUGAAUACUGUAACUAUAAUAAUAAAAUUAUACAAAAUGUUAAGUUUGACUUAAUUUAUGCUGACAUACCUGGUAUGUGGUUAUCUAUGCUAGGCAAGACCUUAGAGCCAGCCAGGCGAGGGUACAGAGAGAGGAUGUUUUGUUUUCUACGUUUUCCCACCCUUCUACCCUUACCCGCAACACAAGGCAUGGUUCAAAACUCUCAUAUCACUGUCAUGAAUAAAUUUAAUAACUGUGAUUCAUGAGAAAUUAACACAGCUGCAUGAAAAUGUGUGGGGAAUGUAGAUCAACAUUAUAUCCUGGGUCCUUUAAACACAAAAGGGAAACUGGUGUAGUGACCUUGGAGUGCAGUCUACAUAGUUGCCAGAUUGCACUGACAUUGCCAAAUGUAUGUCUUGAGUGACUAGUGUCAUGGUCACAAUGGCACUGCUGGUCUGUAUGAAACCUGAUGAUUCAUAUUAUGCUCCACGCAUGCAAAACAU